CCCUUCCCGAGAGGCCCCGCCCCCGUCAUGGCGGGCGCGCGCGUGCUCGUGCACGUGCGGCGCGCGGGGGCGGGGGGGGCGGCGGCGUUCGGGCAGAGUGUCACCGGCGUGUUCUGCCCCCCGCACACCGACGUGGCCCUGGUGAGCUGCGGGCUGGAGCGCGGCCACUUCGUCAUCUCCGAUGUCCCCUUCCCCGGCUCCACCGUCACCGUCCUCAAGAGACCCCCCUUCUGCCCCGCCAAGCUGGGAGGGGCCACGCUGGGUGGCCGGGGGGGACAGCCGGGGGUGGCCGCAGCGGUGGCCGUGCUGCUGGAGGCCACCUGCGGCCACGUCCUGCUGACCCGCCGAGCCACCACCCUGCGCCACUUCCCCAACGUCUGGGUGCCACCAGGUGGCCACUUGGAGCCAGGAGAAGAGCUGGUGGCCGCGGGGCUGCGGGAGCUGGCCGAGGAGACGGGGCUGCGCCUGGAGCCCGGGAGCUUCUCGUGGCACCUGCUCGGCCUCUGGGAGUCCCUGUUCCCCCCCUCGCUGAGCUGGGGGCCACCGCGCUGCCACCACAUUGUCACCUACCUGGGGCUGCGCUCGGCCGAGCCCCGCCAGCAGCUGCAGGUGGGGGCACCUCCGGGGCUGGGGGCCGCAGCUCCGGGCCCCGCCGGGCGCCGCUGGGCCCCGGCCCCGCUCCGCUCCCUCCGCUCCGGUGUCCCCCCGGCCACGCCGUACCGGGGAGGCCGCGCGGGGCGGAGCGAGAACGAGACGAGCCCGGGCUGA